GCGGCCCGGGCGCGCGCCCCAGGGCCCCGACGGACUAGCGACACCGACAGGCCCGCCGAGACCAUGCCGCGCCCGGCCCCCACGCGCCACCACCUCCCAGGACUCCUCCUGCUGCUCUGGCCGCUGCUGCUGCUGCCGCCCCUCGCCGCCCCCGGCCCCCUGGCCCAUCCGGGCUUCCGGAGGCUGGGGACCCGCGGCCCCGGGGGCAGCCCCGGACGCAGUCCCGCUCCCGCGGCUCCCACCCGCGCGCCCUAUUCCGGGGCCGGCGAGCCCGGCGGCGCCCGCGGCGCAGGCGUUUGCAAGAGCAGGCCCUUGGACUUGGUGUUCAUCAUUGAUAGUUCUCGUAGUGUGCGGCCCCUGGAAUUCACCAAGGUGAAAACCUUUGUCUCCCAGAUAAUUGACACUCUGGACAUUGGGGCGGCCGACACACGGGUGGCAGUGGUGAACUAUGCUAGCACCGUGAAGAUCGAGUUCCAUCUCCAGACCUACUCAGAUAAGCAGUCCCUGAAGCAGGCCGUGGGGCGAAUCACACCCUUGUCAACAGGCACCAUGUCGGGGCUGGCCAUCCAGACGGCCAUGGAUGAAGCCUUCACCGUGGAGGCAGGAGCUCGAGGGCCCACCUUCAACAUCCCUAAGGUGGCCAUCAUUGUGACAGACGGGAGGCCCCAGGACCAGGUGACCGAGGUGGCGGCUCGGGCCCGGGCUUCUGGUAUUGAGCUCUAUGCUGUGGGUGUGGACCGCGCGGACAUGGAGUCCCUCAAGAUGAUGGCCAGUGAACCUCUAGACGAGCAUGUCUUCUACGUGGAGACCUAUGGGGUCAUUGAGAAACUUUCCUCUAGAUUCCAGGAAACCUUUUGUGCUGUGGACCCAUGUGUGCUUGGCACACACCAGUGCCAGCAUGUCUGCAUCAGCGACGGGGACGGCAAACACCACUGUGAGUGUAGCCAAGGAUAUGCCUUGAAUGCUGACAAGAAAACCUGUUCAGCUAUCGAUAAGUGUGCUCUUAACACUCAUGGAUGUGAGCACGUCUGUGUGAAUGACAGAACUGGCUCUUAUCAUUGUGAGUGCUAUGAAGGUUAUACCUUGAAUGAAGACAGGAAAACUUGCUCAGCUCAAGAUAGAUGUGCUUUGGGUACUCAUGGGUGUCAGCACCUUUGUGUGAAUGACAGAAAUGGAUCCCAUCACUGUGAAUGCUAUGAGGGUUACACUCUGAAUGCAGAUAAAAAAACAUGUACAGUCCGUGACAAGUGUACCCUGGGCUCUCAUGGGUGCCAGCACAUUUGUGUGAGUGACGGGGCGGCGUCCUACCACUGUGAUUGCUUUCCCGGCUACACCCUGAAUGAGGACAAGAAGACAUGUUCAGCCAUUGAAGAAGCACGAAGACUCGUUUCCACUGAAGAUGCUUGUGGAUGUGAAGCCACACUGGCAUUCCAGGAUAAGGUCAGCUCAUAUCUCCAGAGACUGAACGCCAAACUGGAUGACAUUUUGAAGAAGUUGCAAAUAAAUGAAUAUGGACAAAUACAUCGUUAAAUCGCUCAAAUUUCUCAUCUGGAAAUGGGGACAACCUGGUGCAUUUAGCACUCAUUCUUUUGUAUACUGUAUCCCCAAUGUUCCUGCUAAUAAUUUGCCAUUACCUGUAUAAAUGCUUGAAUAUUACUGAAUAAAUAGUAUGAGGAUCUUCUGGAAAAUCAGUAUCAUUUUUCCAGUAUCUUUAUUUCCAAGGAAAUAAAUGCAUAGAUCCUUAUUAAGAGUAAUCUUUAGUGUCUCUAAGCUAUGACUGUGAAAUGGUUGGUAGAAAACAGAAUGAAA